CCACCUGUCAAAAGUGUCGAAUAUCUAAUCGAUAAUUGUCAUUUCAAGUGGCAACCAACUGAAUUUGUGGGACAUGUAUUUAAUAAAAAUAUGAUAUUUUUAAUUUAUUCAACUUAAAUUUUUAUUUCAUUUUUCAUUAAAGUUGAAAAUGGUUCUGAUUAUAUAAUUUUUAUAAACCAUAAAUAUCCCAAGCACGUGUUGACUUAACCUCCAAAAUGUCUAUCCCGGUUGCAACACGGAGUUCAGUUGGACUUAAUUUAUUUUCUGGACCACCUACUUUUGGAGGAGAUGUUAAGGAGUUCUCGCCUAUUCAAAGUAAAGGAUGCAGAACAAUGUUAUUCAGCCCAGAUGGGGCUUAUUUUGCUUAUGUUGAUGGACAAACAUUAAAAAUUUUACAAACAGAAAAUUGGGGAAACGAAAUAACCAUUGACAAUGUCAAGGCCUAUCAUUUAGCAUUUUCGCCAAAAGGAACAUUUUUGAUGAUCUGGGAGCCUUUUACUGUUACCAGAGCAAAUCCCGAAGGAAGUCCAAAUUUGAAAAUAUACAAAACUGAAGAUGGGGAACUUGUUAAAACUUUUGUUCACAAAAAACAAAUCAAUUGGGAACCUCAAUGGAGUGCAGAUGAAAAAUUAUUUUCUCGUAUUGUAAACACAGACGUGGUGUUUUACGAAGAUCUAAACUUUGAAAGAAUUGUUGCCAGAAUUAACAGUUUCAAGGUAGCUUCAUACAAAAUAUCCCCCAAUAUUGGAGUUUAUUUCAUUUUGUGUUACACUCCUGGCACUCCAGGUCAGCCAUCUUUCGGAAGGCUAUUCAAAUACCCUUCUUUCGAAGCAACUCAAUCGAUUGCCAAUAAAAGUUUCUUUCAAGCCGAUAAGGUUGAGUUUAUCUGGAAUGCGAAAGGCAAUAAUGCUUUAAUAUUAACUUCCACUGAAGUUGAUAAGACAGGAGGUUCUUAUUACGGAAAGCAAGGCUUGCAUUACAUUGGAUUGAACGGGCAAACUUCAUUUAUUAACUUGAGCAAGGAAGGUCCAAUUUACAGCGUAGAGUGGUCGCCUAAAAACCACGAAUUUUGCGUGGUUUACGGUUUUAUGCCGGCAAAAGCGACCAUUUUUAAUUUAAAAUGUGAACCCGUUUUCGAACUGGGAUCAGGGCCUAAAAAUUCGAUCCAUUAUAAUCCUCAUGGAAAUAUCCUGCUGCUGGGAGGUUUCGGAAAUUUGAGAGGACAUAUUGAAUUGUGGGACACGAACAAUUGGAAGAAAAUCAGCAACCUCGAUGCUCCCGAUACUACAAUGCUACACUGGGCUGCAGAUGGUCAACAUUUUCUAACAGCCACAACUGCGCCCAGGUUGAGAAUUAGCAACGGGUUCAGAAUUUGGCAUUAUUCAGGCGCACUUUUGUUCGAACAAGCAUUUAAAGAACCGCAGGAAUUGUACGACGUUGCAUGGAAGAAUUAUGCAAAAGGAACGUUUCAAGAACCUGCUAUAGUAGCAAAAAAAGUUGAAGGGAUUGCCCCAAGUCAACCGCAAGCUUCAGUGCAGGCGUACAGACCACCAUCGGCUCGUAAUCGUCCUACAGUUAAAUUUACUUUACACGAUGAUGAAGAGUCUGCGCAUAAACCAGGGAAAGACAAUGCGCUCUCUAAGGCUAGCUUGAAACAAAAAAAGAAACGCGAAGCUAAAAAGGCUAAAAAACAAGAUGGCGAAGAAGAUAAAGGGCCAUCAGUUGUUAGCAGUGUUUCAAUAACGUUAACGGGGGAUCCUGAAGUCGAUAAGAAAUUAAAGAAUAUUAAAAAGAAACUCGAUGCUAUUGAGAAACUGAAACUUCAGCAAGCAGAGGGUAAAACGUUGGAAAUCAAUCAACUCGAAAAAAUUAAAGGAGAGGCGGAUUUGUUGAAAGAACUGGAAAAUUUGAAAGUGUGAAUUAUUUUACAAUUUAAAAGUGUUUAUUAUAAAACUUACUUAUUAUACGUUUUGUUAAAAUUGUACACUUUUUCAGCCAUAUGGGCUUGCUAAAGAAUAAAUCAUAACGAAUGUUAUUUGGUUAUAUGCAUUAGAAACAUAUAAGGUUCAAAAAAUUUACAGGCAAGUAUAAAUAUAUUACAAAAUAUGUUACUAUAUGGUGAGUAUGAAUAUAGAGUAUUAAACACCAAAGUGUAAAAUAAUGAUGUAAAGUUACACCUGAAACUAACUACAUGUACAAAAUAUAUAAGACCUUAUCACAGAAAUUACAUUCUUUACAAGUCAUCAAAUUGUUUAUAAAAUCACGAAGCGGAUAAACCAAAUAUGUUUUUUUCAACAGAGUCCACAACGUCCAUGAUAGAGGCAGUUUCAUUCAUUUUCAUGCCCUGCUUCUGCAAACUGGCGAGUCUAUUUUGGAUAUCGCUAGAGUCCCUGCCAUUCUGGGACCACAGUUUCGUGCAGGUUUGAAGCAGAGGUAUGUAUAAUUCGAGCAAAUCGCUGUCACUAACUCCGUUGUAUCUGUGUAUCGCCAAAUCAGCCCAUUUCAAUAAAUCAGGAUUAGUAGGAGUAGCUUCUGCACAGGCCACUAAACGGAUUAAAGUAAGUAGCACUGCUGGUGAUCUAUCCGUAUAAACCUGCAAAAAAAAGGUAGAAUUGAAUUCAAGCAAACAUUAAUUGACGUGAUUACCUUGUUAAGUAAUGUGAAGAUGUUUUCUAAAAUGGGAUAAGCUAGAGCAGGCUCUUUGUUUCUAUAAAACUCUUUUGCUUGCUCCAGCUCGGCGCCCUGAAGAAAACUCAGCAAGGCAUAAGAAGUUCUUAAGCGGCUUUCGUUCGAAAUAAAUUUUAAUAGAGAUUCGAAUCCGGUGCUUCUGGCUGAUAUAAGUUCGUUAUCAAAGUUUCCUGUUAAUACUUUUUUUGGAAACGUAACAUUGUUCAUGAGAUUCGGAUGCUCUUUUCUUAAAGAAGUAUACAGAUCCAAAAAGUGGGUGUAUCUUCUAUCUAUUAUUGAAGGAUUUAAAUCAUCAGUAGUAGAAAUGUAUCGGAUUUGUAGCGUGUAAAUCACAUAUUUUUUUUCCUCUGGUUUAUCUGAUAUUUUUGCAGAUAAGAUCUCAAAAAUGAGCCCUUUUUUUUCACUACC